AUGGCUAAAAAUAGGUAUUAGUAAAUUCCAGAAAUGAAUGUUAACUUCUUGUAAUUUUAUAAUUAACAUAUAUAUAUAUAGAGUAGAACAAAAUGGUAAUGUAUCAAAAUUCUUAAGAAUCCCAUUCAAAAAUUGAUUUUAAACANAAAUAGAUCAGCAGCAUUUAAAACAAAAUUAUUAGAUUUUGUAAAUAAUAAUUUGGGUAAACAAUUUUCUUGUGCUCCAUCUAAAUUAUUGUUGUUAAAUUCAACAACUCUAGGAGAUGUUAAUUUAGAGACUGCAAAAUAGUUAAACAGAACAUAUUUUUGUUCUGAAUUGAUUGCUAAAUGUUACAAAACUUUGGGAUUUUUGCCCAAAAAUAUCUCUUCAACAUAAUAUUGGCCAGGCUCUUUCUCAUCAAAAAAUACUAAACUUAAGCUAGAUUAAGCUGAGUUAAGUUAUGAAUAUUUAAUUGACUUUUGUAUAUGA